UGUGUCGCUGAGCACACAUUCAUCUGUUCAACAUUUACAGCUUCUCUCUCUUAGCUGGAAAAUAUAUGGCUUGAUUCAGUGGGCCUGGAAUAUACUCCGCCUUAGUCAAUUGCCUGCUGGGGAGCAGUAAGCCGCGUUGUGGGUAUUCAUCAUGAAAGCGCAAAGAGCGUUAUGGCAGAAAUCUACCCGGCAGCACCUAUGCGUAUUCUGCGCGAAUCGCAUUUCAACUAAUGGCUCUUCUGCUGCAAACGCGACUACCGCUACGCCUGGAUAUUUCGCGCGCUCGACUCCGUCUCAAUGGCACAAUCAGAGAAGACACUUGUCUGCGUCUUCGGCGGCCCGCCAACAGGACUCAUCUGAACAGUCCGGAGGAUGGGGAGGUAUGGGAGGCUUUGGAAAUAAGCAGUCGGGUGGAUGGGGAAACUCGUUCAGCAGUGGUCUGUCUGCGGAAGAAGAGCGUGAGCGACAAGCUCUGCGAGAACGUAUAGCCAAGCAGAAUGAAGCAUCGGAGCAGACACAAUCCUCGGCACGUCCUCCACACCGCCCCGGGCAGCAUCACGCAUUCAGCGGCAAAGGUGCAUACAGAAAAGGCGCGUCUCUUUCGCCAGAGGAGGAACAAGAACGAGAAGCGCUUCUAAACAAGAAACCUUACAAUAAGCGUGGCGAUCGUCAGUCGCGCGGCGACAAGUACCAGAGGGAUCACUCCAAACAGGAUAGCGAUACGAAUAUUAAGGGUCAAAGAGGCCGUUUCCAGUCGGAGAAGAAGUCUCGUCCGAUCAGAAUCGGCGAAGAUCGCGAUCGGUCUUCAGCGGUUGGAGAUGAUGUUAGCUCCCAUUGGAAGCACCUCAAUCGGCGUUCUUCGGCAGCUACAGACAAAGGCCGCCCCUCUGGGGCUUUGGCUCUUGAUCACUUGGAGCAGUUCGAGGUUCAGCGUCACCAAAGAGAAAAGGUAAGCCGACGUGGCAAGUUUGUGGGAUUCACAAAGAAGAGCGAAGAUGCUGGCCUUGCGACUGAAGGGAUCGGGGGUGCUUCUUACAUUGAGGAGCAGCCAGAAGUCGACGAGCCCCUAGCCAGAGGAAACGCCGUACGCGAAGGACUGCGUGGUUAUGAGAGCAGGGAGGUUGAAGCUCGUCGGGAGCGGGAACGCCGACGCGCGGAAAAGUUUGCAAAAGACUCGAAGCCCAAGUCUUCAGCGGUCGAAGAGGAGAGCAACCGUCGCCGCGGUAAGGGCAAGUCGAAGAAUCGCGAAUUUAUCGUUAAUGAAGAGGACUGGCAGGAUGAAGUCGGUGAAGAGGAAGAGUACGCUCCGAAAGGUGAACGCAAAAAGCAAAAGAAGAAGGAGAAGCAAGCCCAUAAGGCGGCACAAAAAGCCGUAGCUGAACCCACACCGAUUAUGCUGCCGGAAUAUAUUACUGUGGGCAACCUGGCACAGGCUUUUAGAGUUAGACUCGCCGAGUUUGUGUCGAAAAUGCAAGAGCUUGGCUUCGAGGAUACACAGCACGAUCACAUUCUCAAUGCCGAAACUGCGGGUCUCAUCGCCAUGGAAUACAACUAUGAGCCUAUUAUCGACCGUGGAGAAGAAGAGGACCUGCAAGCCCGACCUCCGGCUGAGGACAAGUCUCUCCUCCCACAGCGCCCUCCUGUCGUGACAAUCAUGGGCCACGUCGAUCAUGGCAAAACAACCCUCCUGGACUGGCUGCGCAAGUCGUCCGUUGCGGCUUCUGAGCACGGCGGCAUCACACAACACAUUGGCGCAUUUUCCGUCCCUAUGCCGUCCGGUAAACUCAUCACUUUCCUCGAUACUCCCGGCCACGCUGCGUUCCUCAGCAUGCGCCAACGUGGCGCCAACGUCACAGAUAUCGUCAUUCUGGUUGUCGCUGCCGACGAUAGCGUCAAGCCCCAGACUAUUGAAGCCAUCAAGCACGCCAAAUCCGCCGGCGUGCCCAUCAUAGUCGCCAUCAACAAGAUUGACAAGGAAGACGCGCACAUUGAGCGCGUCAAGCAAGAUCUUGCCCGACACGGCGUGGAAGUUGAAGACUUUGGCGGCGACACACAAGUUGUGUGCGUCAGCGGCAAGACAGGCCAGGGCAUGCCGGAGCUCGAAGAAGCCGCCAUCACGCUCUCCGAAAUCCUCGACAUGCGAGCCGAAACCGACGGCCAAGUCGAAGGUUGGGUCCUCGAAGCCACGACCAAGAAGGCAGGCCGUGUUGCCACUGUUCUAGUUCGCCGCGGUACCUUGCAUGCCGGAGAUAUUAUCGUUGCCGGUCAAACCUGGGCCCGUGUUCGCUCGCUUCGCAAUGAAGCGGGUGUGGAAGUCCAGGCCGCCGGACCAGGAACUCCUGUCGAAGUCGACGGAUGGCGCGAGCAGCCCGUGGCUGGCGACGAGGUUCUUCAAGCACCCGACGAACAAAAGGCCAAAAGCGUAAUCGACUUUCGUCUUGAGAAACAAGAACGCCUUAAGAUGGCCGAAGACAUGGAGGUGAUCAACGACCAGCGCAAAGUCGAGCAAGAAAAGCGCGAGCGUGAGAAACUCCUCGCUUCCGGCGUGCAAGAUGGUGAUGCCGCGGCAGCGCUCGACGCCGCUGCGCGCUCGAGCAGUAGCGGUGGUAUCAAAGAAGUCUUCUUCAUCGUCAAAGGCGACGUCAGCGGCUCCGUCGAAGCAGUCAUCAAUUCCGUCGCCGCUCUGGGCAACCAAGAAGUCCGCGCACACAUUCUCCGCUCCGCCGUUGGUCCUGUCAGCGAAUUCGACAUUGACCACGCCGCCGUCGCAAAGGGACAUGUCGUUUCGUUCAAUCUCCCCAUUGACCCCCACAUUUCGCGCAAGGCCGAAGCCGCCGGUGUCAAGAUUCUCGAUCACAAUAUCAUUUACCGUCUCGUCGACGACAUCACAAGCAUCUUGUCUGAGCACCUUGCUCCCAGCGUCACGCAGCGUGUGCUCGGUGAAGCAGAGGUGGCGCAGGUCUUUGAUAUCAAUGUCAAGAGCAGAAUCACCAAGCCUUUUGCCGGAUGUAAAGUCCGCAACGGAGUUGUCGCGCGAAACGCCAAGAUUCGUGUUCUCAGGAACAAGGAAGUUAUUUUUGAUGGAUCACUAGCGUCUCUGAAAAACGUCAAAAAGGACGUCACCGAGAUGCGCAAGGGCAGCGAAUGCGGCAUGGGAUUCGAAAACUGGGACGACUUCCAAGUCGGCGAUCUCGUCCAGGCCUACGAAGAGAAGAUUGAAAAGCGGUACUUGUGAAGAAGCACCAAUGCAUCCCGCAUUAAAGUUCAUGAUCAGUGUAUAUCCAUUUCUUUUCUCCCCAUUCUCUUAUAUAGCCGUUUGACAUAUCAUGUAAAUACGCAUACAUGUAAAAAUGCAUACCAUUAAUACUGGAUAUGCACUACUGGAUGUAUUAUAUUAGGCAUUACUAUUAGCUACCUACCUAAUAUUCAAGGCGUCGAGGG